UGCUUGUUUGUUUUUGCUAUUGAAGCGCUUUGAGAUUGUUAUGAAAAGCGCUAUAGAAAUGUAAUACAUUAUAAAUUAUUAUGUACUUUUCAGGUGGCUGGGAUGUUAAUGUAUUACAUCAUCUCUGGUGGACAUCAUCCAUUUGGCAAAGGCAUCCAUUGUGAAGUUAACAUUUUUCAAGGGAAAUACACACUGGAACAUGUUGAGGAUGAAGUGGCCAAGGACCUCAUUGAGUGGAUGAUCAAUGAAGACCCAGAGAAGAGACCUACAGUGSAGGACACACUGGCCCACCCAUACUUCUGGCCAGAGGAGAGGAGAGUGGAGUACUUACGAAAAAUUGGUAACGAGAAGGAAGCAGAGAACUGUCGCAAAGCAGACCCAAGACUCCUUCAUGCUUUGGACCAGUGUGCUGAGGGGAGGUCCUUCACAAAUUGGAAGUCCAAAAUGCCGCCUGAGUUGAUGGACAAGUUAGAUGGUAAAAAGAAGGCCUACCCAGACAACGCAUUGGGUUUGUUGCGCUUCAUACGCAACCUUCAUGAGCACUA